AUGGUCAAGCUUCUCAACCAAAAAGCCCAGCUUCAUCCAAGGAACGAACACCUGUUUCCUUGCGAUGAAGAAGAAGAGAUGGAAGAGGAAAUGGAAUCUGAAGCAGAAACUGACAAUACUGAUGACGAGGAAAUGGAAGGUUCACCUGGGCAGGAUAAUCUGGAGAACGGCCAACAAAGAUUCCUUCUGAAACUCACUUUGUUCCUAGCAGCCUUGAGGAUCCUUUGUGAAGGUCUAUUCAGCAGUGCUGGGAAACUGGCCGUCGUGCUUCUGUUGGGCUUAGCAGGCAUCAUCCUACCUUCGGCAACUUCUGCAGUUUAUUUCUUCAUCUUCCUAGGCCUGUGCUCCUGGUGGUCUUGCCAUCGGCCAAUCAGCCCGGUUGCCUUCAACAGUUUGUGUGUUUUGGUUGCAAUAUUCAGUGCAGGGCACCUGGGUGCUUUUUACCUGUACCAGCUGCCAUACUUCCAGGACCUGGUUCCUCCUGAAGACAUUUAUGCCAGGGUCCUGGGCUUAGUGCCACUUAUUAAGACAAACAUCACUGUGCCCUGGAAGCUCCAGGUUCAUCCCCAGCUCAGCUGGCCGGUGGUUCUGAAUCCUCUUGCCCUUCUUGUCCUCUAUUACACUCUGGUCAUGAUGCUCCAGCGAUGGGCUCUGCCUCCUAAGGAGGUUUAUGUUCCAAAUGGAAGCUUUCAGAGUACUCUCCUUUUGCAGUGUCAAAGUCAUCGUAGCUGUGAUGUGAAUGCCUACAUCAAUGAAGGACACAACCUUUCCUUCUCAGAUGAGACAUACUCUGAAAAUGCAUCAGAAACUGAUGGUGAACAGGGCACUGAAGGAAAUAGGCCUAGUACCUUUUUAGCAUCGGCACGAUUCCUUAUGAAUCAGAGCUACAUCACUGCAUUGAUUGUCAUGAUGGUUUGGAGCAUCACUUAUGUCAGCUGGCUGACUUUUGUUCUGCUGAUUUGGUCUUGUGUCAUUUGGAUGUUGCGCAACCGUCGCCUCUACGCCUUGAGGAGCUCGCCUUUCCUUGUUGCCUAUGGAAAUGUCUUGGUGGUCCUCAAUUUCUUUGCAGGCCUACACGUUUCCCAGGAGGAACUGUUUCCUGGAGUUUCAGCCUCGUUGCUCGUGGACUUGGAUUUGAAGCCUUAUUCACUGCCCUGUGUCCACCUAGGAGUCAAGCAAUGGAUGAUGCAGAAGCAAAGGCAGAGAAAAGAGGAGGAAGAAUCGCUCAAGGGAGUGAGAGUAGAUGGGGCGGCUGAAACGGACAAUCCGCAAAACCUUCUUUUGGGCAUCCUUGGUUCUGCGCUGCAGGGGAUGCUUGUAAAAUACUGGAUUUACAUCUGCUCUGUCAUGUUCUUUAUUGUCAGCUUCAAUGGCAAAGUGGCCCUGUACAAAAUUCUUUACAUUGUGCUUUUUCUGCUUUGUGUGGCUUUGUACCAGGUUCAUUAUGAGAUGUGGAGAAGAAUCCUGAAGAGUUUCUGGCUCACCACUGUUUUUUAUUCAAUGGUGGUACUCAUUGCUAUCUAUGCAUAUCAAUUUGAGAUGGUGUCAGCGUUUUUCCUAAACACCUUGGCGAUAUCAGAGGAGAGAUUAAAAGACCUGGGUCUUGAGCGGUUCAGCACAAUUGAGCUGUUUGCACGGAUUCUGCUCCCUGGCGCUUUCCUUCUGGCUUGCAUCUUGCAGCUUCAUUACUUCCAUGAAGACUUCCUGAAGGCCACAGAUCUGGCUAAUAUUUGCACCAGGCCACUUUCCGGAAGGCUUAAGGAACACAUCCUGAAGCUGCAAAGUAGGCUGGCUGCUGAACAGCUACAAGAUGACAUUGAAGAUGGACUGGAGAAGCCUGAGAACUCAGCAGUAGGUGAAAACAUGGGGAAGUGCCACCAGGCGAAACUGGUGGAAAAGAUGAGCAAAUGGACAGAAGUGGUUGACAGUGUGGUGCCUCAUCUCCUGAAGCUCUUGGCAACGAUUCGAGCAAUGCAGGCGUUUGCUUGGCGAUUUCUGGAGCUCCACAUCCUGAAGAUUCUGUCCACUUGGAUUAUUUGGAUCACUGUACACGAGGUGUCUUUGAUGAACUACCCUUUCUUCAUCCUCUGGGCAUUUGCCCUUCCAUAUUCCAAGUUGUGCCCACACGCCUCCAGGAUCUGUACGUUUUGGUCCUGCGUGAUGGUCUUCUGUAAAAUGGCAUACCAGCUGAAAUUUGUCAAGCCUCUGACAUAUUCUUCAAACUGCACACAGUCAAAUAUGACUUAUUAUCACUACACCAACAUGGAUGAAUUACUGGAAAAGUCAUUGUUGUACAAGGCCCCUGUUGACCCAGCGCAUUGGUUUGGCGGGCUAUUGAAGUGCAGUGACAAUGUUCUCCCAUGUCUAAAGAAUCACCUCACCAUCCUGGUUCUUAUGGCUCUAGAGGCUACAGUGCAUCGCCACCAGCUUUUUUACCGAAUUCAGAACCAGCUGGUGCUGCCUCCCACGGGGAGCGUUUUUUAUGACAUGGCCCGGGAGAAUCUGGAUGAUGGGCUCCUGAGUUGCAUCAAAUACUUUGCCAAUUACAGUUUCUACAAGUUUGGACUAGAGAUCUGCUUUGUGGUUGCCAUCAAUGUGAUUAGGCAGCGUAUGGACUUCUAUGCCCUCACCCAUGCCAGCUGGCUGAUUUACCUGUUGAGCCGCCGGCGGAGGAAAGCCAUGGCUGAAGCCUGGCCCAAAUACUGCUGCUUCCUUGCCAGCAUCGCAGCCUUCCAGUAUCUCCUCUGCAUUGGUCUCCCACCUGUUUUAUGCCAAGAUUAUCCGUGGAGAACCUCUCACUGGCUGCUCCAUUCAAAUCUGAUUAAGUGGCUGUAUCUGCCCGACUUUGCCAAGAGGCCGGAUGCUAGUUUUCUCCUUUAUGACUUCCUGCUUCUGCUCGCCGCCUCUCUCCAGUGGCAGGUGUUUGAAGAUGAGAAUAAGCUGGUUGUAAGGAUGCAGGCGGGAGACAACAUAGAGAUCAGCCACAGCCUCGACCCAGCUGGGCUAAGCGAGUACAGUCUGGUACCAAACUUUAUCCACUGCAGGUCUUAUCUGGAUUUGGUGAAAGUGAUUUUGUUCAGAUACCACUUUUGGUUUGUCCUUUGCCUGAUUUUUAUGACCGGGACAACAAGGAUCAACAUCUUCUGUGUGGGCUACCUCCUGGCCUGUUUCUACUUCAUGCGUUUUGGGCAAAGCCUCCAGUUGAAGCCAGUCAAAGACAUACUCAGACUGUGGGACUAUUUGAUCGCGUACACAGCUUUGGUUAUAGCCGCGAAGAACCUCCUUGCCAUUGGAGCAUGUGCGUACCUUAGUAAAUUACAAACAAGCCAUUGUUGGCUAAUUCAGACCUUUGGUAUGUUCUGCACAAUACCGGGAUAUGACAUAGACCCACCUGAGGAUGAAAUAUGCGAACUGCCUGAGAAGGAAGCGGGAAUAACCUGGGAUGCGAUAUGUUUCACUUUCCUGCUAAUCCAGCGUAGAAUUUUUACUAGCUACUACUACCUCUAUGUUGUUGCAGAUCUUAAGGCUGCCAAGACCUUGGCCUUCAGAGGAGCUCAGCUGUUUGAAGUAAAGCUUAAAAAGGUGGUGGAACUCAGGAUGGAAGAAGAGAGAAAAUCAAUGCAAACCAUGAAGAAGCAAACCAGUGACCAGCAUUACAUCUUGUCGCAGUCAGUUCCAUAUCUUGCCUAUGAAGCCUGGAUGACCAGUUCAAAGUCAGCUCUAAAGAUGAGGGAGCUGGAUGAAAUCAGGGACCAAGGGAAGGAGCAGCAGCAGCAGCAGCAGCGCCAAUUGGCAGCCAACAGGAAAAUGGAAUCCUGGGAAGAAAAUCUGGAGAAGUCAGCCCCAGAAGAGGACUUGGAUGAGCCAGCAGAAAGCAUCCUUCAAAGAGCAACCAACAUUGUUAAGUUCACUUGGGUUUUUAUCCAAGCGUUGCUGGAUGACACCACAGAGGCACUGAAUUCGCUUUGUAAAGAUAACCUGGAUGUAGCAAAUGUGCUGAGGAUAGAAAAAUGCAUGAUUUGGCGGGAGAUUCAGAAGGGAAAAGUGGCCUCAGCGGACAUUGUCCUUCAGUAUUAUAACCUGGAGAAAACCCAACCAGAUUAUGGAAAAAGUGAAGCUGAAACAACAGAGAUGAAUGAGACCAACAACAGGUCACCCCAGUGCCCACCUGGAGAGUAUGAGGUUCCAUCCCUUGUGCAGCUCCGCAGGAGAUCCAGCGAUGCUUCCAGGGGUGUGACUGGAAAUGAGAAGGUGGAAGAAGGGAGCCACAAUGGGCUCCGCCCCCAAGCGCUCACUUCAGCAUCUUCCUGUACAGAAUUUGCCAGCUGGGGCUCCUCUUCAUCAGUAAUGGAAGGAUCUACACAUUCCCUAUUUGUGAGAGGUGAAGAAUCAGGUGCACCACCAUCGAGCAAUGUUCCUGCUACAAUGACAGCCAGUGAAUGGCUCCUGAACAGGUUAUUUCAUGACAAUGAGCUGGAGCAGUCAGAUAAGUUCUACCAGAGCCUUCCCAGGCCCCUGAAGCUGGGAGUUGCUUUGUACAAUGCUAUGGUGUCUAAGUCAGAAAUGCUGUGUUAUUUUGUGAUCAUUCUAAACCACAUGGUCUCCGCAUCCAUCCUCACUUUGGUUCUACCUAUCCUGAUAUUUCUGUGGGCCAUGCUGUCUAUUCCAAGGCCUACAAAAUUCUUCUGGAUGACAGCCAUCAUUUACACUGAGGUAACAGUUGUGGUCAAAUACUUUUCUCAGUUUGGAUUCUUUCCUUGGACCACCAAGGCCUAUUGUGGGGUCUACGCAGAAGAGCCGCUUGCUUUGCCCAAUAUUGCUGGGAUUGAGAAGAAGGAUGGCUAUGUGCACUUUGAUCUGGUUCAACUGCUGGCCUUGUUCUUCCACAGGUAUAUCUUGAAGUGCUAUGGACUUUGGGAUUCCAAAGGUGUCAGUAUACCAGAUGCUGAAGAAAAGAACCUGGCAGGGAGGCAAAAAAGAAAAGACAAAACUCUGGAGGAAGCCAAGAAGAAAUGGAGCCUUUUCAGGAAAAAACCCACUGGCGGGAAGAGACUUACUAAAGCAGCAAUGAAACGGCAGAUGGUGAAGGCAAAGAAGCUGCUGAUUAAAGUCUCUCUUCAGAUAUACCGACCCGUAAGGCAAUUCUUCUAUGACAUUAUUCAUCCAGAAUGCAGCCUAAUCUGUGACGUCUAUGCUCUCAUGUUCCUGGUCGAUGUGAUUAAUUUUAUUAUUGUCAUCUUCGGCUACUGGGCUUUCGGUAAACACUCGGCUGCCGCCGACAUCACAGAGUCCCUUUCAGAAGACCAGGUGCCUGAAGCUUUCCUGGUGAUGCUGUUGGUGCAGUUUGGGACGAUGAUAGUUGACCGUGCCAUCUACCUGAGAAAGAGCAUGUUUGGGAAAUGUGUUUUUCAGGUGUUACUUGUCUUUGGCAUCCAUUUUUGGAUGUUCUUCAUCUUGCCUGGAGUAACGGAAAGGAGGUUUAACAGGAAUCCGGUGGCUCAGCUGUGGUAUUUGGUCAAGUGUGUCUAUUUUGGUUUGUCGGCUUAUCAGAUCAAAUGCGGUUACCCCGAACGGGUCUUGGGCAAUGUUCUGACUAAGAGCUACAAUUGCAUAAACCUCUUCUUAUUCCAAGGGUUUCGCCUGAUACCGUUUUUGACAGAACUGAGGGCUGCCAUGGAUUGGGUUUGGACCGACACCACACUCAGCCUCUCCAGCUGGAUCUGUGUGGAGGAUAUCUAUGCUAACAUUUUCAUCCUGAAAUGUUGGAGAGAAUCUGAGAAAAAAUACCCCCAGCCUCCUGGGCAGAAGAAGAAAUUGCUUGUGAAAUACGGGAUGGGAGGCUUCAUCGUCUUUGUGCUCGUCUGCAUUGUGUGGUUCCCUCUGCUUCUUAUGUCACUGGUCAAAUCAGUGGCGGGAGUAACUAACCAGCCUUUGGGCGUCUCUGUCAAAAUUACCAUCAGUGGUUAUGAGUCUUUGUUUACCAUGAGUGCUCAGCAGCAGAAUCUGGUCCCUUUCACUCAUGCGGCGUAUAAUGAACUCACCACUCAAUAUGCCCUCCAUCCUUCUGCCAUGCAAUUUAUAGUCAACUAUAGCCCAGAGGACGUCAUCGUUGCUAAAAUAAAAGGCAAUGCCAGUUUGCUAUGGAGCAUCAGCCCUGCAAGUCGGAACGCUAUGAUUGCAGAACUCUCCAAUUCCUCCGCAAUCUACAUCAACUUCCACUGGACUCUUCUCAGGAAUGCCUCUCUCGUGAAGAAUAUUGAAGCCUCCGGCCUACACACGAUGCGCUAUGAAGACAAGGAGAUUCGGGAGCAAAUCGUUGAAAUGCUACGUGGGACCAGAACGGAAGGCGUUCUGCUUCCUGGUGUCCUUCCAAGGUAUCUGAGAGCAGCUGGCGGAGCAGAAGCUAAAAUGGCCCAUCGGCUGCAAGUGGCUCAUUCCAAUGCGCCAAAGGACGUAGACAAGAUGGCCUUCUUCAGAAAUAUCACCAUCGAACUGCAGCAGCUGCCUGCCCAGGAGUCCUUAAACCAUAUUCCCGAAUGGUGGGUCGUGAAAGAGCAGAGGCCCGGCUGUUUGGGUAAUGGAUGCAGUAAGAAUAUGGAACUCUUCAUCUUCAACGACAAGGUCAGCCCUCCUAGCCUGGGAUUUCUGGCAGCUCAUGGCAUUGUAGGCCUCUACAUGUCUUUUGUUCUGGUCAUCGGAAAGUUCAUCAGAGAGCUUUUCAACGGCAUCUCGCGCUCCAUCAUGUUCGAAGAGCUGCCCAACGUGGACCGCAUCCUGAAACUCUGCACGGAUAUCUUCCUGGCUAGGGAGGCCGGGGAGCUGGAGUUGGAGGAGCAGCUGUUUGCCAAGCUCAUCUUCCUCUACAGAUCUCCUGAAACAAUGAUUAAAUGGACCAGGGAACCCAGGGAAGACUAAAGCCGGUGUGUGUGUGUGUGUAGUCACAACAAUGCAUUGUUUCGUAAGGGAAAUGUUGAAUGGGGCACAACUGCAACGGGACAUGGCAGGAGAUACUGAAUUAAGAGGUGUAGAGGGGACUGAUUCGUUAGCUGCUCAAUCUGAUGCAAGGCAGAAGUGUAAGCUUUAUAUGUACGCUGUUUACUACCCUAUGUACAAGAGCAGAGAUUAUGUUGCACAUAGCACAGGACUCUAAAGCCACAGGGUGUGUGUGUGUUUUGGGGGUGGUGGUGGGAGAUUAGAAAUCAUGACAAUACUUUCAACAAUUUGCUUCCUUUCUCCACUCUGCAAAUGUACCCUCAAAAAAUAAAAGUGCUGCAUGCUGGGCAUUCCUC